AUAAAUACAGCUGAAAAGCAGUGACAGAGAGAGAGAAAGAGAGAGACUGAGACAGAGAGAGAGACAGACUUGAAACAGAAAGCGUGUGAUGGAAGAUCAGUGGAUGAGCGUGUUUAGGACGAGAGCAGGAGGUCUUCAGGACAAGUGGACACUCCGCAUGGAUGACUCCAUUCAACCACAAAGACCAGAUCUGGGGUUCUUUGAGUACAUGAAGGGAUCGUUCGCAGAGUUUCGGUGUUCUGGGUGUGGUCACAGAUGGGCCUCUAAGCGAGUGAUGGUUGUGUUUCAUUACUCACGUGAUGCAGCCUCUGUAAAGGCACGUCGCUGUAAGCAGGAGUGUCGCCGCUGCAAUGGUGCCAGGAAUGAGAUGCCGACUUUCAGUCACGAGAACAUUGACGUGAUGGUGGAGAAACUAAUAGAGAAAAUUAAAAUCCGGUGCUACGGGGAGAACACCGGAAAAUCAAACCGAGCCUCACGCUUUUUUGGGAAUAUAAAAGGGCCACAUGAAAAUGCACACUGUGAGGCCUGUCAGCUGGGGAUCUGCCAACAGGGCACAUGAACCACAUAACUGCCCCAGCUGGGUGUCAGUGCUACUGAAAUACAUACCCAAAAAUUACUCUCUAUAACCCCCUUAGAUGUAUACAUGAUUGUUUUAUUUCGAGACUGCAUUAUGUUUACAGAUAUAUUUAAUAAAUAAUAAUUUAACACAAACAUACAAAUAUUUCUUGGU